CACAUUUCCAAUACUAUCAACUACUUUUUGACCUUCAUCUUUAAAAGCAAAUCUUCAUGAUCUAUCUAUAGUCAUCAUGACGCUUGCCAAUCAUUCAAAUGGCGAUAAUUCUACCGCUUCGACAAGCAGUACACCAUAUCCUAUACCCGGUCCAACUUCACCACAAUCUUCUCUAAUUUCUUCUGGCUUGCAAUAUUUAAGCUUUCCAACAUUUACACUCGAGUCCGGUAUUAUUUUACACAACAUUCCUCUAGCAUACAAAACCUGGGGAAAACUCGAUCCUGAAAAGAAGAAUAAUGCGCUUGUCGUGUGUCAUGCUCUAACAGGUAGUGCAGAUGUUGAGGAUUGGUGGGGUCCACUUCUGGGACCCGGAAAGUUGUUUGAUCCCACUCGAUUUUUCAUCGUUUGCAGCAACGUACUGGGAUCGCCAUACGGUUCGGCUGGACCAUGCACAAAGGUAGAAGGACACACAGCAGAAUCAUCUCCCGAAUGGAACGGAGAAGGAUGGUGGGGACCAGAGUUUCCUGCUACAACGGUUCGCGAUGAUGUACGUAUCACAAAGCAGUUGCUUGAUUACUUGGGUGUUGAACAGAUAGCAGCUGUCGUUGGAGGAUCGAUGGGUGGUAUGUCAGUGUUGGAAUGGCCGCUACUGUUCCCAGUUCGUUUUCCAGAUGGUACACCAAGUAAAGCAGACGAACAAGCUCCAAGCUCUCCAAAAGAAUCGUAUAUCCGAGCUUUGGUUCCGCUUGCUACAGCUGCAAGACAUAGUGCAUGGUGCAUUUCUUGGGCAGAAGCACAACGUCAGUCAAUUUACAGCGAUCCCUUGUUCGAUCAUGGGUAUUAUCACCCUUCGCAAACUCCUCGUUCAGGUCUGGCAGCAGCACGAAUGGCCGCUUUACUAACAUACAGAAGUAGAGAAAGCUUUGAGAGCCGGUUUGGAAGACGGAUUGGUGGACCAAGUAAAGGAGGAGGUGUUGGCUUUCAGAAUGUAGGUAGACCGAGUGCAGAUCGUAGAUCCAGCCUUGCACAACAAGCUGCUAUGAUGCACAAUGAAGGCAAUCAGAGCCCUCGAGUGCAGGGACAACAAGCUGGCGCUUCGAUGACUUCUCUCACAGAGGCAGCACUACCGCCUGCUGCUGUGAAUGUGAACACGACUUCCUUCUCGAAUGCAACGAGCAAUGGAAAUGGACAGGCAGCAGGAUUGCAAACAAAGCCAUUCAGUGCACAAUCCUACUUACGCUACCAAGGAGAUAAAUUCGUCAAAAGAUUCGAUGCAAAUUGUUACAUUCACUUGACACGAAAGAUGGACACACAUGAUGUAGCUCGAGGAAGAGCUCAUUGGGGCUUAGAACGCGAUCCAGCAGAUCAAGCUGAAGAGGUUACAGUGGGAGAACAAAGAUUACCAAGAGAAGGCGAGGAAGAUGAUGAAGCAUUGCAAAGAGUAUUAUCACUUUUAUCGGUAAAGACGUACAGACAAGGAGCUUUAGCUCCUCCGGUUCUGGUAGUUUCUGUCGAAUCCGAUGGUCUCUUUGCACCUCCCGAGCAAGAAUUAUUGCAUCAAUUCAUUCAAGGUAGUGAAAUUGUCACUAUUCGAUCACCUGACGGUCACGAUGGAUUCUUGCUGGAGUUUGUACAGAUUAACGAUCAUGUGGGACGCUUUUUGCGGAAUGCCAUUCCUGACGUCUACGAAGGAAAUGGAAGCAUCAAGACAGGCGGAGAACGUGUUGUGAAGGAAUCAAUGUCUGGAGAAGUGGAAGAUUUGACGAGAUGGUAA